UAAUGUAUGAGGUCCUUAUCUUCUUGCUCAUGACUUGGAUACUGGUGAUGGGCCAUCAGGCUCGAUGUUAGCCGGUGGAAAGUCAUGGCACCAUCAUCUCGGAUAUUUUCGUACCCGUAUCCGGCGACAGGAAUGGAUGAUCGAUUUACUCUCAUGUUAUAAAGAUCGCCCUGAUACCAGUUCAAAAUAAAUCAUUAUCCAGAUUCUUCAAAGUACCAUUGCAUCAUGCCUGCUCCGUUGAUUUUCAUAACUGGUGCUACCGGUUUUAUUGGCAGUGCCACGGCUGUUCAAGCUCUCAAGUCCGGAUAUCAACUUCGAAUUGCCGUUCGCCAGAAGUCCGAGAAACUCGAAUCAUUGUUGUCAGAGUACCGCGAGCAACUGGAAUUUGUCAUCGUUCCAGAUCUCACCGAGGAGGCUGCGUUUCGAGGGAAGCUGGAUGGAGUGGACUAUGUCCUCCACCUAGCGUCGCCUCUUGCCAACGGCACCGACAAGGAAGCUUUUUUCCCCCCCGCGGUGAAAGGAACGCUGGCUGUACUCAAGGAGGCAGCUAAGGUUCCAGGAAUUAAGAAGGUGGUGGUUACUUCAUCUAUCGCUUCCUUGAUUCCUCUUAUUGGACUUCUGAACGGUGGUGUCAUUAGAGAGGAUAACGACUGGGAUUUGGCCGUGGAUGCCACAGCAGAUUUUGUUGAUCCCAGUAAUCCCGCGGCAACACCGAUGACUUUGUACCGAGCGUCCAAGCUGCUUGCGAACAAUGCGACAUGGGAUUUUUGGAAGACAGAAAACCCGCAGUACUCCCUGGUGACUCUUCAUCCGUCCUUUGUCUUCGGGCACAAUCUCGUGCAAUCUUCCGCCAAAGAGAUUGAAGCAGGAUCCAAUGGAAUCAUCUGGGGUAGUGUGAUGGGAGGCGUCCCACUUGGAGGCAUCACGGGUGUUCACGUCCAAGAUGUUGCUGAGGCCCACAUCAAGGCGUUAGACCCGAAGAUAAAGAAUGGUACCAAGUAUCUGCUCUCUGGGCCGCCAACAACAUGGAAAGAGGUCGCUCGAAUUGCGCACGAGUUCUACCCCAAUGUUGGUGUCAAGCUUACAGAGCGCGCUGAGGGCGCCUCUAUGCCGACUGAUACCACCAAAGCCGAAGUUGAAUUGGGAAUGCAAUGGCGGUCUUGGGAGGAGAUGGUGCGCAACGUGAUGGACCAGCAAUUGGGCUUCCUCUAAGACCGAGCCACGGAGAGCUUGGAACUGAAUUAUAUCUUGACUUCCAUAAAUCACUAUCCUGUUUAUUCUGUUAUAUGUCUAUUUUUCAAUUCUUGAUUUCUUAUUCCAUUCUGAGGUUGACUUUCUCUAAGUCCAAUCGGUAGACAAAAGUAACAGAUUUAUGUAAGGGCCCUACCAGACCUUCC